GCAUUGCUGCUCAACAACAGGCUGCAGUUUCGACACCCACCGAACCCCAACCAGCCCUCCGGACUACGCAGCCGACACGGCCACAACCAUGGCCACGUCAGCCGCCGCCGAAGGUGCAGCGGUUUCGCAGGUUGGCAGUUCCGGUGCAGAACAGGGACCUGUUGGUCCCGUACUCACCAUGCCAGGCCAACAGCCCGGCGAGUCCAUCUCGGACUUUGCCGCCCGCGUCCUCGCUUUCAGUAAAAUGGUGGAGGAAGAAGAACAGCGGCAGGCUGAGGCUGCAGCCGCAUUAGAACAACAACAGCAGGAAGCCGUGGAGGCUCACCGUCGGCAGUCGGAGGCAGCAAUUCAUACCAUCCUGCUGCAGAAAGAGUUGGAGUAUGCAGCCAUGCUGCGCGCUUGGCAUUUUACCCCGUCRGAUGGUCACAACCAACCAUCGGUCGAAGAGAAGACAAAGGAAGAAGUUUCCAAGCUCCUCGCGAGACUUGUGCUGACCUGCCAUUGGCAACAGCACGAGUUGCAGCGGCUCAAGCGCGUCAUCGACGACAUCCAGGACUCACAAUGUCAAGCAAACAGAAGUUUUCAUACGCGCCUCGACCACUUGGGACAAGACGCCGCCGCUUCAGCGAGCGCCGGACCAAGUAACAGCCAGCCGUCCACGCGAGAGUUGGAACAGCGGAUUGACCAUGUGGUUGCCACGAUCGGCGACCUUGGCACGUUCGUGAGACCGGCAACGAUCAGCCAACAGCUCACAGGGUUGAAGGCCGACGUCCGCACGCUGCAGCAAAGUCCUGCUGGUGGCACCCCGCGACCGUACAAAAUGCCGAAUUUCCGCAUCGAGAAGUUUGACGACUUCACGAAGAACGAUCCGCUUGCAURRUGGCAAGGGUUCACCACAGAAAUCUCCAUCCACGAGGUCCCCGAGCGCCUCAAGRUUGCGGCACUCUUAUCUCAAUUCCACCGGUGCGUGCCAAAUCUGGCUCAACCACCUGGCGGUAAAGGGAGGGGUCAACAUGGAGGAUCUAUACACCAGGCUGGAUUGGGACACCUUCACCGCAUUAUGGAUAGCGCGCUUCAUCGUGCAAGACACGAAGGCGAAAGCCAUAAAUCAGUUGUUCAAGAUGUUCCAAGGUGGCCAACCUACUCGCGAUUGGUUGACCGAAUGGGAAAAGAUAAUUGUCGUUCCGGACUUGAACUAGUCGUUUGAACACAUCAGACGCGAGUUCUUCCAACGCUCGGUGGACUCCUUGACAGCAGCCCUUGGACAGA